AUGUCUCCGAGUCUCGAUCAAAUGAUUGAGGGGGUUCUGAGCGAGCUGCGCCUUUUGCCCGAUGACGAUGGCAUCUCGAUCUCAGUCCUCUUUCAAAGGCUUGACAAGCAGUCGUCCCUCGCUCCCGACGGACAGCCGCUCGAUGGUAGUGCCAAGAACCAGCUGUGGGAAGCUCUUGUUGCCCGUGAGCUCGUCCACCUAGGUGAUGCAAAGUCGGCACUUGCCUUGAAGAAACUAUCCCUUGAGGAUAUUCUGGAUCUUGGACUGGGAGAGCGGAAGAUUAAGCUCCGAGUAGAUGCGGAAACAGAGCAGGAAGCUACACGAAACACCCCGACUCUGGAGACGGAAAUCAUUCAACAAUCAGUUGGAGUAGCUGUUCCAGAUGGAACCUCGCCCGCACCAGCCAAUCAGCCAUCUGAGGCUCCAGAGCCUCCACCCCGGCGCAAAAGGGGUCGGCCACCUGGAAAAUCUCUAAAGAAGUUCGCCGCACAGAACCCAGCACCCGAAUUACCCCCUCGACAUGCCCCGAGAGUCAUCUUUGACGCAUCGCAACCUACGCCUCCAUCAAGAACUACUCCUUCAAGGUUAUCUCCACCUUCAGAUUCGAGCCCAGCUACGAGGACAAGUCGCUUGUCCACCGGAGCUUAUAUCCGCAAAGCUAUAUUUACACCGCAUGAGGAAGUCCAACGCCAGGAAGAUGACGCCAAGAUCGAGGCCGGGAUCCCUGGAGUUUAUAUCAAUCCGACUGUAGCACAGAGAACAGCGGAAUUAGAGGGUAGGAAGACAAAGAGACAGAUGGUUGCCGUCUUCAAGUCUGUGAAGCUCAAACUUCCACAGUGGUUAGCCGCUCGAAAAGGGACAUGGAAAGACGCUUUUGCAAACAAGACUGGCCAUGAUAUCUCGACUGGCAUGAAUGAAGAAGAAACCCCUUCAACUGUGAAUCUACCUGGUCAGCGGAAGCGGAAGCCACAUCACGAUGUCCCAAGUGAUCUGGUCUCUAUGCCAGACCAAGAUGCUCUUCCGCGGGUGGCAGCAGGCGCCCAACAAAGCAGUCGCCUAAACGCACCUCUUCAAAUCAAUGGCCAAUCGGUUCCAAGUACUGGUGUUGGAAGUGAGAUGGACCAGCAACCUGCAUACAACUCGCCUUACGGCGUUUCCUCGACAUCGACAGCUACGGCAUCUAACUCGCACACCCUAUCAUAUAAUGCUCCAGCCCAGUCAUCUACUGGUCAUAAUCCAGUACGGAACCCGUUGACCCAGAAUCAGGAAAUGCCAGCGAUUGCACCAUCUUAUAAUUCGCCAUACCAUGUCGGGGACAUGCCAUCCACCCAAAACCAUGAACAAUCUGAGCAUCUUCAUUACCCUGUCCCGCCACCAGGUUCCACAUCCCAUGAUUCUUUCCGAGACCCAUCCUCCACCUUCGACGCACAAUCCAUACAUGAAGGCGGAGAUCAACCAGAAGUACCCUCUACUCUGGGAGCCAAACCCUAUACCGGCGGAAGAGGAAAGCGAAAGAGAGAGUCCUCUGUAACCGGUGCUGACGCGGCUGCAAAGCGUCACCAAGCAAUUUCGGUUUCGUCAGGGCAAAGAUCUUCGUUGCCAGAAACAGAGCACUCUGCCAUGCAACCUCCUAUCCCAACAGCCACAUCACCGGAAUCCUUGGCAGAGUUGGUGAAGAAGCAGGAGGAAGAGAAAGAAAGGGAAAUCCAGAGGGAGAACGAGCUGCAGGAUGCCUUGUCGGCUGCAGAAGAAAUUGAUGCUCCGGAUUCUUUGGCUCGGAUUGCUGCUGCAUAUCAGGGGUCGGUUGGCAACCUGAUUCUCUCCAAGGACCAAUCCAUCGUCUACUUUUAUGGGGCUGAUCAACAUCCACCUCAAAAUCCUAUAUUGAACCUGGAGGUCUCUGCAAUAAUCGAUAACCCAAUCAUGUCUAUGGUGGGCUCGAAGCCAAUGGAGUUGCGUGUCAAAUCUAAAGACGCCAACAAUGUGGAUAUCACUCACCGCUUCAAUAUUGGUCUGACGAAGCCAGCACACAGAGCUGCUGAGAUCUUGAGGUCUAAGCUGGUCUUAGCAAAGAUCAAUGCUCAGGUUACUGCUGGAGUACCCUAUGAACCCCACAAUCAGCUCGAUGUACCUCAGAUUGAAGUCGUGAAACCGUUCCUCUGCGAAAAGUGCGGAAAGCGGUUCAAGAAUAAGGAAGGAAUACUAUACCAUCGAACCAGAUCAAAAUCAACUUGCAACCCGUCAUUCGACCCUUCGUCAGUCCGGCCUCCGAAGCCGACAAGAGUGAAGAAGAAGGCUGUGGUUGCCGAGUCACCACAGGAGAGAGAUAGUCCACGUCGCAAGAGAGAUGGACCAGUCGAGAACGGAGAAAGGGGGAAUGGAGGACAUGAUUUGAGCAAAGAUGUGCCAGACAAUGACCAAUCUGAUACGAGCAGUACCGAUUCUCUUGGAUCCGUCCUUGAGUGGGCAGAGCAAGCCUCGCGUCCACAGUCAUGGAACAAGUCUAGCCGCAGACGUAGCUCUACCCUGCCUGCCAGGAAGGGAAUAUCAAACUUGUCAGAUGGUUCGGGGCAGACACCGGCCCCUUCAUACCCAGGCGAAGAGGAAAGCGAUGAAGAGGAGCCCAGACUCAUUGUCGACGACGAGGAAGAAAGUGAGAGUGACGACCUGUAUGAAGACCGAGAUGAGACAUUGAUCGAGAGGCGGAAACGAACGAUGCGCAAAAGGUCGGCCACAGUAAAGGCCGCUGGCGGAGACAUGCUGGCUUAUCCCGCAGAAUACGCCCCAGACAAGAAGCAAACGCUACCAUCUAGCUCACCAAAGAGAGUGAGGAUACCACUUUCGGAACAGGAAAAGGAAAGGCGUGCUAUUAAAGCCGCUCUUAAAAUGCAAUGUUGGGCGACGGCUCCAUCACUUCUUCCAAAUCCUGAAACUGGUGCUUGGGAUCAGACACCGACACGCGUUAGGAGGUCCCCUCGUAAGCCAGUACGUCGGGCAGAACUACCUGAGCCUAUCACUUUCAUGCAGGCUGAAGAUGGUGCCUGGUCUCUCAGACCUUUUGGCCACGGGGUUAAACCUAUAUAUGCAAGACCUGCUCGUAGAGCGGACGGAAACCCUCACCUACCACGGUAUCUGGAGAGGAUAGAAAGUGGAUUCCGGCCAGUGUUAAUUCCUACCAAAAACAGGAUAUUCCUCCCAGCGGUGCCUACAAAGAGUCUACUGAAGGACCCAGCUGCGCAUGGUGCUCAGGCCCCAGUAGAGGCUGAUCUCACGGCCGAAAGUCCCAAGGUUACUGGCAAGCGUAAGCGCUCAGAGCGUAGCAGAGAUUCAGAAUCGGGGUCAGAAUAUUCAGAAGGCUCGGAUCAAGAACAGGAAAGCAACAUUCCCAAGGCUACUAGACGAAAACGUCCCUACAACAGACGGCCGGUUGAUGAGGUUAAUUCUUCGAAGCUGAACGGCAAUUCGCGUCGGCAGACGAGGCAAUCCAAGAGAUUAGACGAGAUCCACUUACUGAAUUCUUUCGAGCCCAAGAAAAUUGUCCCAGGCAAGGGAGGACAGCGUAACGUGGGACUUGAAUCACUGCCUGCUAGCUUCGGUCUCGGGUCCCGGCAAUCUAGAGACCUUCAGAGCAUCCAAGAUGAGCCGAGCUUCGUGGAUACCGAGAGUAAUAAGCGCCUUCGUGACAAGCUUCCCCCUUCUUUUUCACUGCAUGAUAUUCUCGCCAACGUGCCAUCCCCACCAGAAACCCAGUCAUCGCAAGAUCGCAUUUAUAUGGAAAUCGAUGCAGUUUCAAAGUGGGAGCAAGAUGCUGCAUCUCAGUUACUUCGCAGUGGAACCUUACUCCCAGACUACCGCUGGGUGAACCACACAAUUACGUCUCUUGAUGGCGCUGUGGAUCUUAAACAUGUCAAGAUCAGUUGGAAUGCCGAUACAGCCUUCGAUAUGGAGACAAUACCCUAUGCAGAGCUGGAUGAUUCAGACGAUAUUGUAUUCACCGAUGUAUCCUCAAAACCACAAUACAAGAUGCCAAGGAGUUCGUUAACACCGGCAAGUCAGAAUGCUAGAGAUCUCCGCGAGCUUCAGAAAGAAUGGACUACCCGUCGUCUUACCGCGCUUUCCACUGAUCUGGCAGGCCUUGGGGAUGAUACAGAACAGGUUGCUAAGGAGCUUGGGACACAAUUUACCACGCCCGAAUCAAUACAUCGAACCCGUAAUCGGGAUUCAAACAUGUCAACCAAAGAAGAAACUCGAUUGAUUGUAGCGGUAUGCGUACUGCGCACAGUAACUGGCGGUCUCGAUCAAAACAUCGAUUGGGUUUUAGUAGCCACGCUCUUCGGCAAUUACUCUAUGAACUUCUUGACCAAACGCUGGGCUAGUUUACUACAGAAGAAGCGGGCCAUGAUCGAGAAGCUUAUCGGUGACUUCCAAGACGCCUUCUUGGUUGCAUAUCAGAAAGGCGAGAUCCCUCCGAUUAAUUAUGACAAACUUGUGGAGUAUGACUGGGGUUGGCUAGUUGAUUGGGCUAUGAAGAAAGUUGAUAUGACAGUCGAGAUCAAAGCCGUUGAUUUACCGGACACUCGAGAUCGACUCGACAGGCUUUAUCAUCUUAAAGAACAGGAAAUUGAAGCAGGUAAUCGCCAAGAGGGCUACUACUCCCUUCACAACCCUGUAUACAAACGGAUGGAGCUUGCCUCCUCGGUCGCCAAUGCUAUCCCCGCGAUUACACCACCAAAAGCUAAAUGUGCCGACGAUAUCAAGAUCGAUAAGAUCACUCUUGUAAAGUCAUGGGCCAGAGCUGCGGCACUAACACCUGACGAGGCUUGGGAUCACCGUGUCGCAAAGGCAAAGUUCAGAUCAUUGGGUGACCCGCUGCUCGAAGAUAAACAUGGAAAUGACCCCAACGUAGCAAUUCUUGUCAAUGAAGCUGUUGAGAUUCUCAAGAACGACAAGGUCCUCAUGCAAAAGAAUAAGGGCCGGGCGACUCCAGACCGCAGCUACGAGCCUACGGAUGUCUUCUUCAGCAGCUUACGCAAACAUGUUACGGCACAGCAAUUCCUUGACGCGGUCGCUUUCAAGCGCUUCCUGGACCAAGAAUUUUCCAGUGGAAAGACGUGCAUCCGAUCAGAUUAUAUGGCGAAUGAGGGCACAUUGAUGUGUGUGACGAAUCUGCAGGCUCAUGGCAGGAUCCGUCUAAAGGGCGUGGGAGUCCCAAUGAACAAAUUUGGUUUCAUGGAUGGCGGUUAUGAAACUCGUAAGAUUCCGAAGGAAAAGUUCAGAUUCGAUAUGGAUAUCUACCCCACUUCAAACUACGUCUACGACUCCGAUAAUGAGGUCCUUCAGCGACUUGGAAACAUCGAGCCUCCUCGUGGUAGUAAGUUAGGCGAGCUUCCAAUCUGGUAUGGAAUUGGCGAUGAAUUGAUUGAGGAACUUUGGAAGAAAGUGCUGGUUGCUUUCUCGGGAAUCAUUGCGCUCCGCGCUGGUAGCUCGAUCGAGUCACUGAAGAAAACAUUCCACCCGACACUAGAAGAAUGGGAGAUCUGGCGAUUGCUAGAAUGGGGCGUUGAAGUAGGCCUGUUUGAGAGGCUGCAUGAGGUCAUUGGAGGGUGGACUACAGGGGAAUGGUGGUGGUUGAUCGUCGGGCGGUAUUGCUCUGGUGAGCUAUGA